GAAUCGACCCAGUAUACCUAGGCCUGAAACCACUACUGCGUCCACAUUGUUUCUCGGCGGUCUCUAAUCUUUACUAGUGCGGAUCUCACCGAUUACCGUUCUUGUUCGCCAUCCAAAGCCCAUUUUCAGCCAUAUAAAUAUCUAAAGGGAAGCGUAAUAUUUCUGGUGAAGUGGCAGAAUCUUCCUCUGUCAGUCUUUCGAGGAACCUACCGCUUCCUUCUCUUCAACCCAUUCUCUGUUUCAUUUGUCCAUUCUUAUUCCUUUUGAGCCUGUUGUUAUUGUUGGAAUCCAUACCCUUACACAUGAAAAUGCCGGAUUCGACGGAUUCUAAUGAGACCGUCUUUGCCUUCUAUCGCUACGACCCUAGCAUGAGCGGUGCCGUGCUUUUCACCCUCCUUUUUAUAGGCACGACUGGGUAUCAUGCUUUGCAAAUGUUUAAGACUCGCACGUGGUUUUUCGUUCCUUUUGUCAUUGGUGGCAUAUUCGAAAUUAUUGGAUACAUCGGACGUGCCAUGUCCAGCAAACAGACCCCAGAUUGGACCCUUGGACCAUACAUCGUGCAGACGCUCUUUCUUUUGCUGGCUCCGUCCCUCCUAGCGGCCUCGGUCUAUAUGCUUCUUGGUCGCAUUAUCCUGUUGUUGCAAGCCGAAUCUCACGCCUUAUUGGGGAGGAAAUGGUUGACUAAGAUUUUUGUAACGGGCGAUGUGCUCUCAUUCGUACUGCAAGGGGCUGGUGGGGGCAUUCAGAGCAGUGGAAAUUUAGAGAGCAUGAAGAACGGCGAGCACAUCAUCGUCGUCGGCCUCUUCGUUCAAAUCUUUUUCUUUGGUUUUUUCAUCAUCACAGCAAGUCAUUUUUACUGGAAGAUCAAGAAAUAUCCGAUCCCACGCUCUUGUACCCCCGAAAUUCCCUGGAGGAAACACCUACAUGUUCUUUAUUUGGCGAGCUUCUUGAUCAUGAUUCGCUCUGUUUUCCGACUGGCCGAAUACCUUCAAGGAAAUAACGGUUAUCUCCUACACCACGAGAUCUACUUAUAUAUUUUUGAUGCCGUGCUGAUGUUCAUCACGAUGGUCACCUUCAAUGUUGUGCACCCUUGCGAGGUUGGGCGACUACUGAGAGGUACCUUUGAUUAUGAAUUGACUCACACGCCAGCGGCAGGUGUUAAUAAGCCAUACAAAAGGUCCGUGGUAGGGUGAAUGGCGUAUAUCACGUUCCUGCUCGUCUGCUUCGCACAC